AUGGGCACCGCUGAGAAGCACUGGCCCCCCGGGACGCAGUGUGUCACCAAGCAUGACCACAGCAAGCCCAAGCCCCGGGAGCUGGCCUUCCGCAAGGGGGACAUGGUCACCAUCAUCGAGGCCGUGGAGGGCAAAGGCUGGUACCGCGCCAGGCACAACGAGACGGGGCAGGAGGGGCUGCUGGCCGCCAGCGCCCUGCGGGAGCGCGGGGCCAUCCGCGCCGACCCCAAACUCAGCCUGAUGCCCUGGUUCCACGGGAAGAUCUCAGGGCUGGAGGCGGUGCAGGAGCUGCAGCCCCCCGAGGACGGGCUGUUCCUGGUGCGUGAGUCUGUGCGGCACCCCGGGGACUACGUGCUGUGCGUGAGCUUUGGCAAGGAGGUGAUCCACUACCGCGUGGUGCACGAGGAGAACACGCUCAGCAUCGACAGCCAGCAGUACUUCUCCAACCUCAUUGACAUGAUUGAGCAUUACAUGAAGGAGCAGGGAGCCAUCUGCACCAAGCUGGUGAAGCCCAAAACAAAAUCUGGGAUGAAGUCAGCUGAGGAGGAGUUGGCCAAAGCUGGCUGGUUGCUGAACCUGAAGCACCUCACACUGGGAGAGCGCAUUGGGCAAGGCGAGUUUGGAGAUGUCCUGCAGGGCGAGUACUUGGGGCAGAGGGUGGCUGUGAAGAACAUCAAGUGUGAUGUGACUGCCCAGGCCUUCCUCGCUGAAACAGCUGCCAUGACGAAGGUGCGGCACAAAAACUUGGUGUGUUUGCUGGGAGUGAUCCUGCACAAUGGCCUCUACAUUGUCAUGGAGUUCAUGAGCAAGGGCAACCUGGUGAACUUCCUGCGCACGCGGGGCCGGGCGCUCGUCUCAACCCAGCAGCUCCUCCUGUUUGCUCUGGAUGUGGCUCAAGGCAUGGACUACCUUGAGUCCAAGAAGUUGGUGCACCGGGACCUGGCUGCCCGCAACAUCCUCAUCUCUGAGGAGAACGUGGCCAAAGUGAGCGACUUCGGCUUGGCCCGGGUCAACCCCAAGGGUGCAGAUGCCACAUUGCUCCCUGUGAAGUGGACGGCACCAGAGGCCCUGAAACACAAUAAAUUCUCCUCCAAGUCGGACGUGUGGAGCUACGGGAUCCUCCUGUGGGAAACCUUUUCCUUUGGACGAGCACCCUACCCCAAGCUGGCCCUGAAGGAGGUGACGGAGCUGCUGGAGCAGGGCUACCGCAUGGACCCCCCCGAGGGCUGCCCGCCCACCAUCUAUGCCCUGAUGAAGAGCUGCUGGGAGCUGGAGCCAGGCAAGCGCCCGUCCUUCAAGAAACUCACAGAGAAGCUGCAGAAGGAGCUGAAGCACCUGAGGGACAUUUAA